UCUACCUUUCACUAACCCUGAGGAAUAAUUCUGUUCAUUAAAGUCAGACAAUGGAAGAUUUUCAAAUUGAAAUUCCAGAAAUUGAAUUUCCAGAAGGAGACUUUUGUGAUGUGGAGAUGGAAAUGGAUUAUGAUUAUGAAUUAGAGAUGGAGGAUGAUAAUGGGGAGGGCAUAGAUAAAGAAUCUGAGACUAAAAGACAAUCUUGUCCAAAAGCUGGAAAUCCAAAGCAUCAAAUGCCCCAAAUGCAGCAAAACCGAAAUCCAGUACAAAUGCAGCAGUACAACCAGCAAAACAUCCAAGGUCCUCGCAAAGUCCAAGUAAAAGUGAAAGACUACUUAUGCUGUUCUGUGUUCACUAUCACCUUCUGCAACUUCCUGUUUCUGGGUACGGCUGCACUGAUAUGCUCUUUGAAGGCAAUGAACAGGAAGUACAUGAGAGAUGUCAAAGGAGCGAAGAAAUUCAGCCGCCGUGCUCUGGCUGCCAAUAUUUUUGCCAUCAUUGCAACUGUCAUCACCAUAACUCUUGUUGGUGUUUUUGCACCUUAUUUUUACAGUACAUGUUAAAUCAUUUAAAUUUUCAGAUCCAGCCAUUACAAUGAAAUAUCAACAGCAAAACAUGUAGCUCUGGCUAUAUGAAUAAGACACAAAAAUAUUAUGCAAUCUACAUUCAUUUUCAUUAGUUUUGCAUCAAAAUGUAUUCUUUUUUUGUUGUUGUUUGAUGCUUAUU